CCCCCCCCCCCCACCCUCCCAGCACCACAACAAAAAAAACCCGCUGGGAUCUGCCUGCUCCGGGACCUCCUUCGCUCCGCUCGGAGCUGGAUGCAUUUUUCAUGAGCGCUGGGUGAACAGGUGCAAAGUGCGGCGGGGCGGCCCAACCCCGCACCCCGGCCCGCUUCGGGGCGGCGUGUGCGUGUGUCGGUGUGUGUCGGUGUGUGCUGGUCUGUCCGGCCGUCCGGCCGUCUGCCUGUGUGUGUGUGCGCCCCGGCGUGUGCAUGUGUGCGAGUGUGUACUAGGAGAUUAUGGAGAGCAGCGACCGGGACAUGUACCGCCAGUUUCAAGACUGGUGCCUCAGGACUUACGGGGACUCAGGAAAAACCAAGACGGUGACCCGUAAAAAAUACGACCGGAUCGUCCAGCUCCUGAACGGCUCCGAGUCGAGCUCCACGGAUAAUGCCAAAUUCAAAUUCUGGGUCAAAUCUAAAGGCUUCCAGCUCGGCAACUCGGACGAGGUCAGUGGUGGUGCUGGAGGAGGGAAGCAAGUGCUGUACGUGCCAGUCAAAACCACGGAUGGAGUAGGUGUAGACGAGAAGCUGUCUUUGCGGCGGGUAGCCGUCGUAGAAGAUUUCUUUGACAUUAUCUAUUCCAUGCAUGUUGAAACUGGGCCUAAUGGAGAACAAAUCAGGAAACAUGCUGGACAAAAGAGAACAUAUAAAGCAAUUUCAGAGACCUAUGCCUUCCUACCGAGAGAAGCGGUGACACGGUUUCUAAUGAGCUGCUCAGAGUGCCAGAAAAGAAUGCAUUUAAACCCAGAUGGAGCGGAUCAUAAAGAUAAUGGAAAACCUCCAACUUUAGUGACCAGUAUGAUUGAUUACAACAUGCCUAUUACUAUGGCUUAUAUGAAACACAUGAAGCUGCAGCUACUAAAUUCACAGCAAGAUGAGGAUGAAAGCUCCAUAGAAAGCGACGAGUUUGAUAUGAGUGACUCGACUAGGAUGUCAGCUGUAAACUCUGACCUCAGCUCCAAUCUGGAGGAGAGAAUGCAAAGUCCUCAGAACCUCCAGGGCCAGCAGGAUGAUGAUUCAGCCGCAGAGAGUUUUAAUGGCAAUGAAACCGUGGGACACAGUUCCAAUGCUUCAGGGGGAACACACUGCAGGGAGAUGGCAGAAACCAACAGUAAUGGCAAAACAAAUCUGGAGCAGGAUGAGCAGCCUCUGAACCUGAGUGACAGUCCCCUCUCUGCUCAGCUGACUUCAGAAUACAGACUAGAUGAUCACAGCAGUAAUGGAAAGAACAAAUACAAGACUCUCCUAAUUUCUGAUCUCAAGAUGGAACGGGAGGCAAGAGAAAAUGGAAGCAAGUCCCCUGCACACAGCUAUUCAAGCUAUGACUCUGGCAAGAAUGAGAGUGUAGGCAGAGGUGCUGAAGAUCUGUCUCUGAAUCGAGGAGAUGAGGAUGAAGAUGACCAUGACGAGCAGGAAGACCCUGAGAAGGUCAAUGAAUCAGAUGGGGUAGAAGCUGAACGUCUGAAAGCUUUUAAUAUGUUUGUCAGGCUGUUUGUAGAUGAAAACUUGGACCGAAUGGUCCCAAUCUCUAAGCAGCCCAAAGAAAAGAUCCAGGCUAUCAUUGACUCAUGCAGGCGACAAUUCCCUGAGUAUCAAGAGCGUGCCAGAAAACGCAUACGUACUUACCUCAAGUCCUGCAGGCGGAUGAAAAGAAGUGGUUUUGAGAUGUCACGACCUAUUCCCUCACACCUUACUUCAGCAGUUGCAGAGAGUAUCCUGGCUUCCGCCUGUGAGAGUGAAAGCAGAAAUGCUGCCAAAAGGAUGCGGCUGGAUAGACAGCAGGACGAGGCUGCUCCAGCCGACAAGCAGUACAAACAGGAGCCAGCCCAGGUCGCUUACUCAACAUCAGCUGUUUCCAGCACGCAGGAGGUGUUGUACAUCAAUGGCAACGGGACCUACAGUUACCAUAGUUACAGAGGGCUCGGAGGUGGGCUGCUAAAUCUCAAUGAUGCUUCUAGCAGUGAUCUGCAGCCUACCUCCACCACAGCCUCAACUCAGCACUGCAUCCCAGGCACCACAAACGUCCAGUCCCCUUCCAGCUCAGGUCCAACAGAUCUCAGUAUGAAGAGGCAGUUAGCAAGCAGCUCCGGAUCCUCCAGUAGUUCCAGCUCUAGACCCCAGCUGAGCCCCACUGAAAUAAACGCAGUGAGGCAGCUUGUGGCAGGGUACCGAGAAUCAGCUGCGUUUUUACUGCGCUCUGCAGAUGAACUGGAAAACCUCAUUUUGCAGCAGAACUGAGUCACCCGACCUUCACACCGGCCUGGUCUUAUCUCAGAGUUUCCACUAAUGACAUUUUGAUUUCCCAGAGCACACACUUCAGUUACUGCACAGUCUUUUAGGAGAGUUAAUUACCAUAAUGCCACACUGUUCUUGAUCCAUAAAGUGAUGUGUUAAGGUGCUUCAAAGUGAACUUCGACCUCUGGUAUUUCCAAGGUACUUUACUGUGUCAGGCCUAUUGCUUUUGUUUUAGUGUGUCAGCAUAAAUAUCAAAACAGUGGCUAGAAAUUAACUCCUUCUAACAAGUGGAGCCAACAGAAGAUGCUGUGAUGGUUGAAAAAACAAACAAACAAACAAACAAACAAAACAAAACAAAAAAAACACCCAACAAAACAAACAAACAAAAAGGUUCAAGAUCCAAGUGCAAUAUUAGUGGAAUGUGGUACUGACUCAUUGGACUUAAAGCUGCAGUAUAUGGCAAAACGUUGCCAAAAGUCCUGUCGCUGCAGGGCACAAUUGCAAUGAAAAGGAUCUUGUAUUUUAACACAAAAAAAAAAAAAAAAAAAAAAAAGGAAAAAAAAAAGAAAAAAAAAGUAAUUUUUAUAAAGAAACAAAACAAAAGAUUUUUUUCUUUUCAUUCAAGAUUUGUUCAUUUUUACUUUCGUAAACUUUUUCACUGGUCCUGAAAAUGUUUUGAGGAGCUAUUUUAAGUCCCCUUCCUCUCUUGAACACUCCCCCCUGACUGUGCCCUUCUCCCCAACUUCAUAUUCUUUCUACAAUGAGUAACUCUUGAUGCUGGAUAAUUCUCCCCCCCCCCCCCCCGUGUACUGUAAAUUGUCAUCUAUGGAUUACCUUCCAAAGGAAGCAUGCAUUUCCUGCAUUCAUACCAUUCUCAACUCCACUCUGUAAUAUAUUGCAGCUUUAUUAGCAAUUAAUAAAGAGUUGAGGGGUUUUGAUUUUUUUUUUUUUUUAAGGACAUAUCAUUGAGGAAAAACAAAACAAACAAACAACCAAACACAAACCCAGCAACGACGACAAAAAGUUGAAAUUGAUUUCUUACGGUGAGCUCAUCUAAAUCCAUGAUCACUGCUGCUGUCCUGUACAAGUCCCCCUAGUUGUGAUUGGAUGUAGAUGAUGAAUGUUAAGAGGUUGCAAGUGACAAUCUGAAAAUUUGCACUCUUGUGUGUAUUUAUUGCUUUGCUUUGCUUUUUCUUUUUGUCUUCCUUAACUUAAACAAAACUCUUACCCAGGAAGGUCAUUGAUGCUUCUGGUGUGGUUUGUACAAUUCCCAGGCCUAGCUAAAACCUGUACAAAACUGUAAAUGGAUGCAGCUGCAACUAUAAUAAAACUCUUCUCUCCCCUUUCCCCUCUCUUCCCAACCCCUCUAGUUCUUAUUUUCUAUCCUGAUUACACAUGAAUGGUGUUUUCUUUGUGCACUAUGGCAGGCUUAUUUUUAAGUAUAUAGAAAGGAGUACUUUAGUUUCUGCUUACUGUACUAUCUGUUCCGUUGGUUAGCUUUUGUUGAAUAACAGGUUUCUUGUGCAUUCCUAAAUUUGCCUUAUUUCAUGUACAAAACUUUUCUGUAAUUCCGUUUUUGAGGAUGAGUUUAAGGCAUCAGUGAUAUUUUAUAUCUACUUGUUACAUAUAGUUUUUCCAAGUAAUGACUGUGAUUGUGACCAAGUAAUGUGCACUUUUUCUUGUAACUGUGGACAUUGCUAUGCUUUUUUUUUUCUCUCUCUCUCUCUAGUGUUUCUAGAAUUACUGUUGCUUACAGUUAUGUAAAAGGAUAAAAAAAAAAAGAACUUUUGUGAUACUGUUGGUGAAUAUUAAUGUGAAAAAAGCCUAUGAAAUAUGAGUAUUUUGGAGGUACAUAGCUACACAAACAUCUCUAAGUUGUGGACUGAUGUUCACAUAUUUAAAACGAGAAUUCAAAACCUGAGGGCUGGAAUCAUUUCCUCUGUUUUGUUUGGGUAAAUAAACAGAUUUCUGUGUUUAAAUA